UACAUUGUACUCCACUGUCGUAUUUUGACGCUUAAAGUAUCACCGAAUAUCUCGCCAAGGUCAAAAAAUAUACAAACAUCAAAAUAUCUUAUCAAAUAAUUUACCUCAACGAUGUACUUUAACAUGACGCAUGUAAGUACCCAUGUGUAGUGAUUGAAAAACUGUUUUUAUAAUACAAAAUCCGUAAAGUUAAAAAAUAUGGCUGCUAAAAUAUUUAAGGAUUUACCUGGAGGCUUGAAAAUGCCGGCCAUAGGUUUAGGAACAGGUUCCCUCAGGAAUGAAGCUGAUCUUGAAAGGGUUUUGAAUGCCGCCCUUGAGUUAGGAUACCAUCACAUUGACACUGCCUAUGGAUACAAAAAUGAGGUGUUCAUUGGGCGUGUUCUAAAAAAAUGGUUCUCCUUGGGCAAAUUAAAGCGAGAAGAUAUAUUCAUCACCACCAAGCUUCCACUGCCUGGCAUACACCAGGACAGAGUGGAGUUGUUCAUGAAGAAGUCACUGGAAAAUCUCCAGCUGGAGUAUGUUGAUUUGUACUUGAUCCAUCAUCCCAUUGGGGUAAAAUACUUUGGAGACGAAGAUAACCGCAUGGAAAUAGACGAUUUUGAUCACAUAAAAAUUUGGAAGAAAAUGGAGGAGCAAGUCCAUCUUGGAAGGACGAAAACGAUAGGUUUAUCCAACUUCAACAAAAGACAAAUCGAAAGGAUUAUAGCAUCUGCCAGGAUAAAGCCAGCGUGUUUGCAGGUGGAACUGCACGUUGACUUUCAACAGCGAGAUCUUGUGGGGUAUUGUCACAAAAAUGGGAUAGUAGUGGUUGCAUAUUCUCCUUUAGGGGCUCCAGGAGCGAAGAGAUUUGAGGAUAGAAAAGUUCCGGCAGUCAUUAAUUCUGAUCUAAUUAAAAACAUAGCGAAGAAAUAUAAUAAAAGUCCUGGACAGAUAAUGUUGAGGUAUCUCCUACAGAAGAAUAUAGUUGCUAUACCGAAGAGUUCGAGUCCAGAGCGAUUAAAGGAAAACAUCAGCGUCUUUGACUUUGAAAUAAAUUCAGAGGACAUAAGAUCUUUAGAUGAUCUCGAUGGUGGUGAAACAACCAGGCUGACCACUUUUAAAUCUGUUCCAGGAAUAGAGAAGCAUCCUGAAUAUCCAUUUUAAGAAAUACCUAAUUUAUUUUAAUUUGAGAUCCAAUAAAAUUUAUUUAAAAAAGUU